AGUACGGUUUCGCAAUGAGAUCUAAUAUACAUAUUAAUAUAGGACCUUCAGCCAGUUGGUUCAGAGGAGGAUACAGUUUCACAAAGGGAUGAACGUUCGCGAAUUUCUCUCGGCCGUGGUUGUCUCUGUGGCGCUGUUUGCUAUAACAGAAUCAUGCAAUGUGGAGUUGAUUGCACGAGGGACCCCAUCUAACCUCACUUCCCCAGGAUAUCCAACUAAAAAACUAUCCGACCAAUCUGACUUGCUGGUGGAGGAUCGAAGCCAGUAACAAACAGAAUACAGUCAUCGUGAGAGUUCUGGAUUCUGCGAUCGAAACAUCGAAAAACUGCGUUUAUGAUAGUCUGUCCUUUUACGAUGGGCCAAACUCGACAGACCGCUCCCUUGGGCGAAUCUGUGGACAUGACCGCACUACAGUCUUCAGUUCUGGCGGUGCCAUCUACAUCUUGUUCAAGACUGACAACGAUCACCAGUUGAGGGGAUUCCAUCUGCAGUUCUAUGAAACACCAAAAUGUGGAGGGUCGUUUAUUGCAACACCUGACAAGGCAAUCUUUCACUCACCUGGGCAUCCUUUUCAGUACUUCAAUAAUCUGAACUGCACCUGGCUGUUCACUGCGAAAAAUCCGACUGAUACCAUAGUAGUGGUAUUCGACUCCAUGAGGGUGCAGUCCACAGACAAGUGUGUCUCCGAUUCUGUGGCUGUUUUCAAUGAUCACGAAGGGGAUGGGAACCAGUUCCUCGGAUCCUUCUGUGGACAUUCUACACCUACGUUCCAAAGUUCUAAAGAUCAAUUACGGAUCGAUUUCAAGACUGAUGGCUCUGUUGUUGGGAACGGUUUUACAUUCCAUUACAAGACAGUUGAAGCUGGUGUCUGCAAUUUGACAAUGAUGCCCACCAACUCCCCAUUGUACAUCGUGUCUCCUGGAUACCCGGAUGAAUACUCUAAUGACUUGGAUUGUGUGUGGCUGAUGUACGAAUAUUUCCUCAUGGGCAAUGUUGAAGUUGACGUAGUCGAUUCAAGCAUUGAGGGAGUCUACCCACAGUGCAAUGACUCACUGACUAUAUAUUCAGGGUCGAACCAAAAGGCAAGGAAACUGGGAACGGUUUGUGGCAAUAUGACGUCAACGUACAGAUCAACUGGCAUGGGCCUUACGGUUGAAUUUAAGACGGAUGAUGACGCUGCUGAUAAGGGCUUCCGAAUUAGAUACAAGACAGUCACUGCUCCAGCGAUUCCAACAUCAAGCCAGUGCGGUAGCCGAACUCUCAUAGCCCACACAUCUCCCCACUACAUUCAGUCACCAGCAUAUCCCUCUAGCUAUCCAAACAAUGCAUUGUGUAUUUGGACGUUGACAGCAUUCUCGCCAACCAUGAUGGUCAGACUAGUGGCAUUGUCUUCCCAACUUGAGAAUGAAGCUGGAUGCUCAUACGAUUCCGUGACAGUUUACGAUGGUGUUGGAAGCAGAAGUUCAAUGAUGUUGAAAAAGUGGUGUGGAAACGCGGUACCGACAGUUCAGAGUACAGGACAGUCUAUGACAGUGGUGUUCAAAAGCGACAUUUCCGUUACCAAGAAAGGCUUCAAUCUCAAGUACACCGCAACAUCAGCUUCAUUGACAUGUGGGGAUCGCCGUUCCGCUUCCAAUCAGAUCCAGUAUUUAACAUCACCCGGAUAUCCACUUGAUUAUCAAAACUAUAUGGACUGUGCGUGGACCAUUACAAGUUCGAAUGGCAUCGUGAUUGAAAUCAUCACCUUCGACCUUGAGCAAUCUGAUAAUUGUAUAUAUGACUACCUCGCAAUCACUACUGGGCCCGGAACAGAUUCCUUCGUACUUCAGAAGUUGUGCGGACAACAUACAAACGUGGUCAUCAAUACGGGCUCAAUUGCCACCAUUAAGUUCCAUUCAGAUGGCUCGACAACGAGGCAGGGCUUUCAACUCUCUUACAAAGCCACAAAUCAAGCGUCAUGCGGUGGACAACUGACCGCUCUUUCCACGGACAAGGUGUUAACGUCGCCUGGGUACCCUAUCAGCUACCGAAACAACUUAGACUGUGCAUGGAUCAUCACAACGGUCCAUUCACACAUAAAGAUUAGUAUCACCAGCCUCGACAUUGAGUCCCAUACCAACUGCGAUUAUGACUACCUCAGAAUUAUUGAUGGUUCCAGCUCAAUCUCGUCUACACUUGCGACACUGUGUGGGUCCCAGACUUCAACUUACUUCAGUUCAGGUUCAUCUGCCGUCGUUAAGUUCCACUCAGAUGGCUCUACAUCAGGAAAAGGAUUCCGACUCACUUAUAGUGGAGUAGCGCAGAGCCAGUGUGACGACAGAAGUCUUGUGGCCCAUACGACAACGAACUUCUUGACGUCACCAAACUACCCCUCUGAUUACUUAAACAAUAUGUACUGCACAUGGACCAUAACUACCGUUCUAACAAACAUCAAGAUCAACUUCCUUGACUUACACUUGGAGUCCAGCUCUGAUUGUUCUUAUGACAAAGUCACAGUUUAUGAUGGUCCGGCAUUAUAUUCAAACAUCCUUGGGGCAAUCUGCGGAACCACUACCGGGACCUACGUCAGCACGGGAAGCAGCGUCACUAUCAAGUUCUCCUCAGACACUUCAAACACGUACAGAGGCUUCAAACUCUCGUAUAUAGGAGGGGACUUCACAUCAUGUGGUGCCAGCGUUCUCCUGGCUUCAUCAGCGCUCAGUUACCUAAACUCACCAAACUACCCAUCUGAUUAUCCAAAUAACGCCGACUGCUCCUGGACAAUUAACACUAUGGAUUCAAAUUACAUAGUCACUCUUGAUGUCAUUGUAUCGGAUUUAGAACAGAGUGCCGGCUGUAUAUACGACUACUUUGAGGUAUUUGAUGGGUCAAGUGACAUAGCCCCAUCACUUGGAAGAUAUUGUGGCUACAGUGUUCCCACAUUGUCCAGCAGCGGACAGUACAUGUACAUCAAAUUUAAAUCCGAUGGUUCCACAACUGGUUCAGGUUUUAGCAUGUCUUACAAAUCCUCGUUCCAAGACAUCGUUCCAGAUAUUCCGAAUAUUCCGAAUAUUCCGAAUAUUAACUUCGAUACUGACGACGACGACGACUACGAUGCCGGGCCCAUUGCCGGAGGGACCGUAGGUGGAAUCUUCUUCAUCGUUUUCAUAAUGGCCCUGGCACUACGAGCCAACAGGAGACGAUACACUCCUUUUGUCUCCCAGGCAACUACCACAUCUGCCCAAAUGACAAAGUAUUAACGUCGAAAAGGCGAACCCGAAUCACAAGCCUACAGUUCCCAACGUUUUCAAACUGAUAAUCAUACGAUCAUGUAAGUGUCAGCUCUGGCUUACAUACGAAUAUCUCUUUACCUCCAAAGGAAAACAACGUAGAUAUGUACAAAAAAGAAAGACAUUUCUUUGUUUAUUUAUGUAUAUCAUGUCUUUGUAACAGUGAGAACGCCCACUGCACGGAACAUUUCUCGAGCUAUGGAGUUUAGGCUGAUAUAACAUAAUGUGUGCAACCCUUAAGGCAAUGUGUUUGACACAACAAAUGUGCCUUUCUCUAUAUAUCUUAAGCGGACAUGUGCUAUGAUAACAAUUAAGAAUGAAUUAAACAUGUGCAUUAAA